AUAAAAGAAUAUUAUGAACCAGUAAACCACGAAGAUGUCCCACAAACAAGAACAUAUUCAACCCUCUGGAUUUAUCAGUAAUUUCAGCAUACAGUCUAUGCUAAAUCUAUCAGAUGAACAAGAUCCUUCGACUGCUAAAUGCUCUACAAAUACUGAUAAUGGUGGCAUCAAAAAGAAUUUGAAAAAAGAUUUGUUAUACUUUGAUUCUUUCGAUUCUUCUGAAGUCAUUUCAACAGUGCACACUAGUCAACCGUCUUGGCGACAAAAACAGUUCAGCAAUAAGGAACAAGAGUUUGAAAGAAAUACUAGUCUUCAUAAUCCAUUAAGUUAUCGUCACCAUAACCCAAGUCAUCAUCUUCAUCAAGUAUCAUCUAAUUCUGUAUGGGAUAAUUCCUUCUGUUCACGUCAGAAUACAGUGGUAUUAAAUUCUUCAAAACAUUCAAACAAUUCCAAAAGCCUAUUACCCAGCUUAUCGACUACAGCACUACUUGAUGAUAAUAUUAAUCAUUCAUCAAUCAUGACAAAUAUGACUCUACCCGAAGAUACUUCAAAUUACCAUUCAACAAGCGAUUCUCAGUCUGUAAGUCCCUUAACUCCACAAUCAUUAUGUCAUUCAUUAUCUGAACCAAUAUUGUCAAAUAAUGCGUUAACUAGUUCACCGAUACAUAUGAAACGCAAGGUUAUUGAUAAAAUUAACAGUAAGAUUGAUAACAGUAUGAAUAAUGAUAAAGAACACUUUGAAAAUAAUGGCAAUAAAAGGCGAUGUUUCGAAAGAUGCAGUGAAAAAGAUGUUUUUGGUGCAGCAGCAGAAGAAGAAGAAGACAGCGAAGAGGAACCUAUAGAGAAUGAGGAGGAGAAUAAAAGCCAAGAAGAUGAAGGGAAUAAAAGUAGUGUUGACGGACAAGAUUCAAAGUCGACUAAAGUAAAAGAAAGUUCAGAGUCAGAUAAACCUCCAUUCAGUUAUAAUGCACUAAUUAUGAUGGCUAUCAGGAGUAGUUCAGAGAAACGUUUGACAUUAAAUGGUAUAUAUGAUUUCAUUACUACAAAUUUCCCUUAUUAUAAGAAUAAUAAACAAGGCUGGCAAAAUUCUAUUCGACAUAAUUUAUCAUUGAACAAAUGUUUUGUUAAAGUACCACGUGCAUAUGAUGAUCCAGGUAAAGGUAAUUAUUGGAUGCUUGAUCCAUCAUGUGAGGAUGUAUAUAUUGGUGGAACAACAGGAAAAUUAAGACGUCGAACAAAUUCACUACAACGUAGUCGAUUAUUUAAUUUACGUUUAGCAAGUUAUUAUGCAUCAUUAGCAAGAAAUUAUACUAUUCCACACAAUGGUGAAUGUCUUUUAUCAAAUUCAUUUCCAAUCUUCAAUCAUCCUCAUCAUCAUCCUACAAUAAUUCCUAAAUCACAGUUCAUUUCCAACACUAAUAAUGAUAACACUAUGAAUUCACUACAUUCUCCAGUAAAUUGUACACCACCAUUUCUAGAUUUUUUCAAUCGUAUUCCCAUAGAACAUGUAUCGUCUUCAGUAUCACCUUUCUUAAAUCCUUUUAUGCAUUCCCCAUAUGAAAAUUCACUUUUCAACAGAUCUUAUGUACCAAACAACUAUGAAGAAAUAUCAGAUGAUUUAAAUAGGCAUAAGUUGAAUAUUCAUAAAUAUAAUCCAACUUUAGAUCAUUUAUAUCCUCCAAUAUCUUCAUCGAUGAUAUCAUCAUCAUAUUCAGCAUCAACACCAUCAUUUUAUUCUUCAUCAAAUGGAAUACCUUCAAGCUUAAUAUCACAUCAUGAGUUUGAAAAUAAAUUUUCAGAAAAACAAUGGCUUUCAGGAAAUCUUGGAUUAGAUUGUACGAAUUCUAGAAUAUGUAACCAAUCAAAAUCUCAAUCUGACUGUUUCUCACUAAAUAAACAAUCAUUACAUACAUCUCCAAUGAAGAAAUAUAUUCAUUCAGAUGAUUCAAUCAUAAAAAUGAUGAUGACAACCAGUACUGGACAAAAGCAAGUUCAUAGAAAUUCUGAAAAAAAAUUUCAAGAAUCUAUGGAUUUAUUACUAGGUGUAUAUGGUUCACUUUUUAAUACAAAUAUUACUAUGAAUAAAGACCUUAGUAAUCAAAAUAAUAAAGAGAUUGAAUUGAAUUAUGAUAAACUUGUAACUGGAAGAAAAACCUGAAUCACAUGAAUAUGAUUCUAUAUUGAAGAGUUUAUGCUGUCCAAUUAGAAAUAUUAUCAUCUUUAAGGUUUAUAUAACUUAUUACUUUUCUCUUGGAAUCAUAUUUUCUUUUGAAAGCAUUGAUAAAACACUGAAAUUCAUAUUCAUUACAUUAUCUACUACUUACUACUAUAAAGAUUAUUAGUAGUAAAUUCAACUACUCUAAUUAUUGAAUUGAUUAAAAAUCGUAAUCUUAACAGUAAGUAAAACAAAAUUUUGUCAUUUUAUUAUAUUAUUUAUUGUUUCUAUUUUCUUUUCUCUCGCUAUCUCUUCUUCUUCUCUUCAAGUCAUUCAUCAAACAUGUAAAUUUUACUCAGUAUUGAAUGAACAAGUAGCGUUUUUUUUCCAGAGUUUCUUUUUAUCAAAUAUUUCCUUAUUCCUAAAAAACUAUUACAAAACAAACUGAAAGAUGAGUUUCUUUUCAUUUUACUUCACUUAAUAUUAUUAAAUAUUAUACAGUGUAAAUAGUAAAUUUAGGUUUCAUUUGAAUAAAAACAAGUUUAUGAUGUUUAUAUGAUUGAUAGUAAUUUGUUCUCCGUCGUUGUAAAGUUUGAUAAUAUGCUAUAAUUAU